AUGCGGCUCCUCCAAGACAAGAGGUCCCUAAGUCUGGAAACCCCACAUCCUGGAGCCCAGCCCCGUGAAUGUAACCAGUGUAGAAAAGCUUCAAGCCGUGACCAAACCCUUCAGGCCGAUCAGGGAACCGACAGUCAUGAGAAACUCCACAAAUGUACCACAUGUGGGAAAGGCUUUUGCCACCAAUCUGAGCUCAUUACCCAUCAGAGAGUCCACGGAGACGAGAAACCCUCUGAAGACAAGGAAGAGGAGGAGGACCUCAGCCAAUGUCCCGGCAGUCACCCGGAAGAGAAGCCUGGUGAAAACAGCAACUGUGACCAGAAGCUGUCCCAGGAGACAAACAUCUCCGCCUCUGAGGCAGUUCUUGCUGGAGAGAAGCCUUUUAAGUGUUCGGACUGUGAGAAAAUCUUCUCGCACAAGUCCCGGCUCAUUGAGCACCACAGGUCCCACACAGGAGAGAAACCCUACAGCUGCGAAGAGUGCGGGAAGUCUUUCUCCCGCAAGUCAUGCCUCAUCAUCCAUUACAGGAUCCACACGGGAGAGAAGCCCUAUGGCUGCAGUGAAUGUGGGAAAUCCUUCUUCCAGAAGUCACACCUCAUCCUGCAUCAGAGGACGCACACAGGAGAGAAGCCCUACAAGUGCAGUGAAUGUGGGAAGACUUUCUCCCAGAACUCCUGCCUCAUCAUCCACAAGAGGACCCACAUGGGCAAGAAGCCCUAUGAAUGCUCUGACUGUGGGAAAACCUUCUCCCAGAAGGCAAACCUCAUCAGACACCACAGGAUUCACAGCAAGGAGAAACUGUAUGGGUAG